AUGUCUGGUUUUAUUCCUCCCACCUUUGAUAGUAAGCCGGUUGACACGGGUGUUGACCUUAGUCUGAAUAAUCUUCCCUAUGACGGUGUUACUUCUCAAGUCAGACAAGAGAUUAGAAACUUGGCCAGAACCAUGACUCGUACUUCAUUUUCGAAUGUUGCUGCUAUUGAUUUUAAUAAAAAUGAUGAAGCAUUUAAUGAAAGUGAAUUGGAUUUAUCAUUACUGAGAAAAUUAACUCAUUUAUCUGAUAUCCCAGGUCAAAUCCCCAUGGUUGAUGAUGAACAUGAAAAUUUCAUUAAUCCAAAAUUAAACCCUCAUAAUGAUGAAUUCGAUUAUAAAUUCUGGAUCAAAAAUAUGCAAAAGUUGAUUCUUAGUGAUAUUGAUUAUUAUAAACCUACAACAUUGGGUUUAGUUUAUAAAGAUCUUAGAUGUUAUGGACAUUCUUCAAAAUUUGAUUAUCAAAGCAAUGUUUUGAAUGUUCCCUAUAAAUUUUUAAACAAGCUUGUCAGAAGAUUAACCCCUUCAUCCUUGGAACAUGAUUCAUUUGAUAUUUUAAAACCAAUGGAAGGCUUAUGCAAACCUGGAACUUUAACAGUGGUAUUGGGUAGACCAUCUGCAGGUUGUACCACUUUAUUAAAAACCUUAGCUUGUCAUACCUAUGGUUUCCAUGUUGGUAAAGAAUCAGUCAUAAGAUAUAAUUCUUUAACUCCAGAUCAAAUUCAAAAGCAUUAUAGAGGAGAUGUGGUCUAUUGUGCCGAAACUGAAAAUCAUUUCCCUCAUUUAACAGUAUUUAAAACAUUAGAAUUAGCAGCUUUGUUAAGAACUCCACAAAAUAUUCCUUUGGGUGUAUCAAGAGAAUUAUAUGCCAAACAUUUAACUGAGGUAUAUAUGGCUACCUUUGGUUUAAGUCAUACCAAGAAUACAAAAGUUGGUAAUGACUAUGUGAGGGGUGUAAGUGGUGGUGAAAGAAAAAGAGUUUCAAUUGCCGAAGUGGCUAUUAGUCAAGGUUUUGUUCAAUGUUGGGAUAAUUCAACUAGAGGUUUAGAUUCAGCCACAGCAUUAGAAUUCUUAAAGGCAUUAAGAACUUCAGCUGAUAUUACUGGUACAACUCCCUUGAUUGCAAUUUAUCAAUGUUCUCAAGAUUCUUAUGAAUUAUUCGAUAAUGUCAGUCUUUUAUAUGAAGGUUAUCAAAUUUAUUUUGGUAAUACUAGGACAGCCAAAGAAUAUUUUACCAGUAUGGGUUGGGAAUGUCCUCAAAGACAAACCACGGCUGAUUUCUUAACUUCCUUAACUAAUCCAUCUGAAAGAACAGUUAGUCCUGGAUUCGAAGAUAAAGUACCUAGGACUGCAAAAGAGUUUUAUGAUCGUUGGUUAGCUUCUCCACAAAGAGCUCAAUUAUUAUUAGACAUAGAUGCUUAUUUAGAACAACAUUCUGGAUCACAUUAUAGUGAUAAAUUUAAAGAAUCUCAUGUUGCAAGACAAAGUAAACAUACCAAUCCAAAGUCUUCUUAUACUGUAUCAUUCUUAAUGCAAGUGAGAUACAUCAUUUAUAGAGAUUAUUUAAGAAAUAUUUCGGCUCCAACAGUUGUGGUAUUUCAUAUCAUUGCCAAUUUCUCCAUGAGUUUACUUAUAUCCUCCAUUUUUUAUAAUCUACCACAUACCACAGGUUCAUUCUAUUAUAGAACUGCUGCUAUGUUUUUCGCUAUUUUAUUCAAUGCCUUUUCAUGUAUUAUUGAAGUUUUCAAUCUUUAUGAAGCAAGACCAAUCGUUGAGAAACAUAAGACCUACGCAUUAUAUCAUCCCGCUGCUGAUGCUCUUGCUUCAAUAAUUAUGGAGUUACCAUCUAAAAUUAUAAUUGCUAUUGGAUUUAAUCUUGUUUAUUACUUCAUGGUCCAUUUUAGAAGAGAACCAGGACGAUUCUUUUUCUAUUUAUUAAUCAAUUUUGUUUCAACAUUAGCCAUGUCUCACAUUUUCAGAACUAUUGGUGCUGCUACCAAAACGCUAUCUGAAGCUAUGACUCCAGCUGCCCUUAUGUUAUUAGGAUUCAUGACUUUUACGGGUUUUGUAAUUCCAACUCCAAAAAUGUUAGGAUGGUGUAGAUGGAUUAAUUAUAUUGAUCCAAUUGCAUAUACCUUUGAAGCAUUGAUGGCUAAUGAAUUCCAUGAUACUCAAUUUGAAUGUUCCCAAUUUGUUCCAUCUGGUGCAGGAUAUCCCCAGACUCCAGAUAAUAGGAUCUGUUCUGUGGUUGGAUCUCAAUUAGGUCAAGAAUAUGUGAAUGGUGAUGAUUUCAUUGGCAUUUCGUUCGAGUAUUAUAAUUCCCAUAAAUGGAGAAACUUUGGUAUAAUCAUUGCAUUCACCGUAUUCUUUUUAUUUACUUAUAUUAUUUUAUGUGAGUUUAAUAAAGGAGCCAUGCAAAAGGGUGAAAUCUUGGUGUUCCAAGAAAGAGCAUUAAGACAAAAGAGAAAAGCAAUGCAUGAUACUGAAUCUGGUUCUGUGGAAGAAGCUGAAAAGGAAGUUCCGUCAUUAUCAGUUUCUCCACAAGAUAGUACAUUUAGUAAAUUUAAACAAAAUCGUGAUACUUUCCAUUGGAGAAACUUAACUUAUCAAGUCAAGAUCAAAUCUGAAGAUAGAGUGCUUCUUAAUAGGAUUGAUGGUUGGGUUAAACCUGGUCAAUUGACUGCUUUGAUGGGUUGUAGUGGUGCUGGUAAAACUACUUUAUUAAAUGCUCUUUCAGAGAGAUUAACAGCUGGUGUUAUAACUGAUGGUAUUAAAAUGGUAAAUGGUCGUCCAUUAGACACUUCCUUCCAAAGAUCUAUUGGGUAUGUCCAACAACAAGAUUUACAUCUUGAUAUCUCAACUGUUCGUGAAGCAUUAAGAUUCUCAGCUUAUUUGAGACAACCCAAAUCUGUUUCAACACAAGAAAAGAGAGAUUAUGUUGAAUCUAUUAUUGAUUUGUUAGAUAUGCAAUUAUAUGCCGAUGCAGUUGUUGGUGUUGCUGGUGAAGGGUUAAAUGUGGAACAAAGAAAGAGAUUAACGAUUGGGGUUGAAUUGGUUGCCAAACCAGAUUUAUUAUUAUUCUUAGAUGAACCAACUUCUGGUUUAGAUUCUCAAACUGCUUGGUCAAUUUGUAAAUUGAUAAGAAAACUUGCUGAUCAUGGUCAAGCUAUUUUAUGUACUAUUCAUCAACCUUCAGCACUUUUAUUGCAAGAAUUUGAUAGAUUGUUAUUUUUGCAACAAGGUGGUGAAACUGUUUAUUUCGGUGAUCUUGGAGAGAAUUGUCAAACCUUAAUAGAAUAUUUUGAAAGAAACUCGCCUCAUAAGUGUCCUCGUGAAGCUAACCCAGCUGAAUGGAUGUUAGAAGUCAUUGGAGCUGCUCCAGGAUCUCAUGCUGAAAAGGAUUACUAUGAUGUCUGGAGAAAUUCUCUGGAGUAUCAAGAAGUUGUGAAUGAAUUAGAUAGAAUGGAAACUGAAUUAGUUAAACUCCCAGUUAAUACUGAUCCUGAAAAGUAUAAAUUAUUUGCCAGAUCUUUACCUUAUCAAUACUUAUUGGUCACAAAGAGAGUUUUGCAACAAUAUUGGAGAACUCCUUCAUUCACCUAUUCCAAGAUUUUGAAUGCAGUUUUGGCGUCGUUGUUUAAUGGAUUCAGUUUCUUUAAGGCAGAUAGAUCACUUCAAGGGUUGCAAAAUCAAAUGUUCCUGGUAUUUUUAUUCUUUUUAACAUUGAUGACCUGUGUUCUUCAAUAUUUACCCCAUUUUGUAGCACAGAGAAGUUUAUAUGAAGUUAGAGAACGUCCUUCAAGAACAUUUAGUUGGUUUGCCUUCAUAUGUGCUCAAAUAACAGGUGAGUUACCAUGGAAUAUUUUGGCAGGUACAUUGGCUUUCUUCAGUUGGUAUUAUCCAGUUGGUUUAUACAGUAAUGCAGUUCCAACAGAUACAGUUCACGAAAGAGGUGCAUUAAUGUGGCUCUCGUGUGUUCUAUUCUAUAUGUAUAUUGGAACCUUAGCCCAACUUGUCAUUUCGUUCAUUGAGAUUGAAAAUAAUGCUGGUAAUAUUUGUGUGGUUCUUUUUAAUAUGUGUUUGAAUUUCUGUGGUGUAUUAGUUCCUAAGAAUAAAUUACCAGGAUUUUGGAUCUUUAUGUAUAGAUUCAAUCCUGUUACUUAUCUUGUGGGAGCCUUUUUAGGUAUUGGUUUGGCUGAUUCGGAUGUUACUUGUUCAGCAGAUGAAAUUUUAAAGUUUGUACCCGCUGGGAACCUAACCUGUGGAGAAUUUAUGCAACCUUAUAUGGCAGUCGCGGGAGGUUAUUUGGUAGACGAAUCUUCAACUUCAGUAUGUGAAUUCUGUACUAUGAAGAGUACCAACGUAUUCCUUAAGACUAUGGAUAUUUAUUAUAGUGAGAGAGGUAGAAAUAUUGGAGUAUUCAUUGGUUUCAUUUGUUUUAAUAUUGUUAUGACUAUUUUCUUCUACUAUUUGGCUAGAGUACCAAAGAAGACAAAAAGGAUACAUCAUAGUUAA